GCCGCGCGCGGAGGAGCGCGGCGGGACCGUGACGCGCGCGUGGGCAGCAGUGGGCGGGCCGAACGGGCCGGUCCGACCGGCUGAGGAGCGCCGAGGCGGCGGAAGUGGGCUGCGACAUUGGUUUUUGCACGCCAGAGCGCGGACUGGAGCCGGCGAGGAGCGGCCGCAUCGAGGAGAGGUCACGCGUCGGUCUGGAGAGGCGGACAGUCGUGUCGGGGGGGCUGUAGCGGACGGCUGUCGCUCAGAUAAGCCGGUGAGUCUAGUGUCGACUCGUGCGAGCUGGGGAGCCCAGCCUGAACUGCACCACCGGCAGGACCAUGUCUCAGCCGAGUGGUGGGCGGACUGGGAAGCCGCGAGGCGGCGCGGUCCGUGUGGGCACCAGUCUGCCGGCUCGCGCCGUGGAGGCGAGCCUGCCGGCGCGCGCGAAGACAGCGGCCAGUCAGCAGCAGACGGGCUCGGAGAUCGACCGCCUGCGCCAGGAGUUCCGGCGACGAACCGGCAGCGACUCCGACGACGAGUUCGAAGAAUUCGUGAACAAAAGCCGCCAGCGCUUCCAGAACAUGCUCGCAGACGGCGGCCUGCGUGGCAUGCGGCUCUCCCAGGACGACCCAUUCCGGCAGAUGCUCGGCUCGGGUCACCUGGACGCCGGCUUCGCUGACGGCGCAUUUGCAUUUGCCAAGGCGCGCCCAGCGGCGCUCAAGGACCAGGCACCUCCGCCCAGCGCGCGGCCGCCCUCGCUCAAGGCCUCCCCGUCGGCGUUCGGCGAUCGUCCUUCACUCCUCGACGGCCGUCUCUCCCUGCUGAAUGGCGGCUCGAGUCUGCUGAGCUCGCGCCCGGCCGGGGCGUCCGACGACGGGGCGCUGGACAGCGCGCUGAUGACCCGCUUGGGGGGCGGCUCGGGCGCGCUGUCGCCCAACGGGCUGGGCUCGCUCGCCGCGCGGCGCGGCGGCGGCCUGGCCGCGACGCUCUCCUCCUCCAGCGUGCAGCAGACUUUCCAGACGUCGACGUGCAGCACGACGAUAACGUCGCGCGGCGGCGGCGGCGCCGGCGAGACGAGCGUGACGCGCGUCAGCCGGCAGCAGAAGCUGGACCAGAGCUCGCGCGACGGCGUCGCCAGCGUGCAGCAGCACAGCCAGCAGAAGGUCGAGGCUGCCACCGUCACGCAGAAGAGCGGUCGCACGCGCGUGGACGCGCGGCGCGCGGAGCUCUCUCAGCGGCGCACGGCCGGCACGCGCGCGGAUGGCACCGCCGAGGUCAGCCAGGAGGUCAGCGCCUCGGCCGCCACCCGGCGCGCGCUGUUCGAGCAGGCGGACGACGGCGGACCGGCCAAGCAGGUGUCCCUCUCGGGGGAGGACUUCAAGGUGCGGGCGCAGCUCGGCAUGCGGCAGACUGCCGUCGGCGAUGGUGGAGGGGGCCAGCUCUGCCCCAGCGGCGGGGCGGUCAGCGGGCCGCUCUGGCGCUUCUUCGACAUGGGACCGCUGAUCCAGCCGCCGGGCAUGCGCAUCAGCGGCAGGAUCGCCAUCCAGGCCUCCCACAGCGCCUUCAGCAGCAAGGACGGCGGCAUGCCCAGG